AUGGCGGGUAAAAGUCCCGUGCGCCGGCUCAAGCGAUGGGCCCCCGGUUUUCUCGAAGCCCAUGUGAGCUAUGUGGGCAAGGGUUGGCCGGGGUGUGCGAACCAGGGGCUUGGGCGGCACUUUUCAUUCCCAGAAACCUUCUAG